AUGGCUAACAGUGUAGUCUGCAAGAUAGUUGGAAUAGGCCCUAUCAAGAUCCGGACACAUGAUGGUACAUUCUGCACUUUGAAUAACGUCAGGCAUGUUCCACAGAUGACCAAGAAUCUGAUUUUACUUCGUUUGUUAGACAGUAAGGGUCUACUCUCAGGUUCACCUGUUGUUGCUUCGUCUGAAUUAAUUCAGAAGGAGGAUAUGACCAAGCUGUGGCACAUGAGACUUAGACAUAUGAGUGAGAGAGGGAUGCGAAUCCUCUCCAAGGCAUAUCUUCUGGGUGGCCAUAAGGUCACAAACCUUGAGUUUUGUCAGCAUUGUGUUUUUGGGAAACUAAAUCAUAGCAAGUUUCCUAAGGGCAUUCAUAAAACAAAAGGUACUCUGGAUUAUAUCCGCUCUGAUUGUUGGGAUCCUUCACGUGUGAAAUCUUUAGGAGGUCCUUCAUUGAUGAUUUUUCAAGAAUGA